GAUGAUUCGCAAUUUACUUCUCCGUAUUCAUACUAUUCUCAACCAACGACCAUGACCACACCCGGGUCUUACUAUCUUAAUGAGACACCCAUGUCACGUCCAGCAAUACCAUUUUUUUCUGGUGGGAUGCAAUCGACUAACCCUAUAACGCCUCAAUCUGUGAAGCGUCCAUUUCAUCUUACGGAGAUGGAUAGAACUGAACGUACGAUGGAAGAGUAUAACCAUCACGCAGAUAUAAUUCAAAGAUUUGAAGCGGCACUGAAGGCCGAUCAGAUGGCUGUAUUACAACCUGAUUAUAGGACCCCAUUUCAAUCGUAUCAAGAUGCGGUUGCGAGGCUUUUGCCCUAUCACAUCUUUGAUUAUCCUGAAGAAGAUAUGAAGAACAACGAUCAAACUUCGGAGUUGGAAU